ACAUUUAUAAACGGGUUGCAGCACUCCCUCCUUUCUCUUCCUCUUCUCCAAGCAACCAAAAUUCAAAACUGAAACUCUCUCUAUAAUUAUUUUUAUUAUUAAUCCCACACGUCUAAUUCAUAUCCAAUUUUUAUUAUUAUAUCUAAAAAUUGCAAAUCAAAAAGUUUCCUUAUUCCUUCUGUUUUUUUUAUUUAAUUAGCUUCUUUUUUGUUCCAGUUCUUCUCUGUUUUUGAUUAAUUUGGCUGCACAUAAAUGUAUUGCUUACUAUAUGGUUUGAUUCUUCGUUAGGUAUUUGAUUCCAGUACAUAUUCUAAUCGCUUUUUUCCAUUUUUAGAUAUUCUAGCCAUUUGUCCAUUUAUCUUUGUCUAUACAGUUUUGUAGCCAUUCCAAUCUUUACUUUUCAUUUUUCCUUCAAAAUUUUAAACGAUGGAACAUGCUGUUCCUGUGAAUUCAUCUUCUUCUACAGAGUUUCAACAGCAUUCAUUAGUCAUGUCUAGUGAACAAUCACAAAGUCUAAACUCUGAUUUAGAAACCCUCAAUCACCAAGAAUCAAUGGUUUCUGAUGGUGAAAGUGGAGUUUCAGGUGCUACUUCCAAUCAGUUUCUAGAACUCGGUAACGGGUUAGUUCGAAUUUUUGAGGGAGAUAGGGUUCAUGAUCUUAUCAAGCGAAGAUUCCUUUCCGGUUUAGGUUCGCUUGGCAAGCAAGCCACAGUGACCGCCAUUUACAGGAACACGUAUUCUGGAAUUAUUGAUCAAGCCAGAAUGAAAUCGUUUCAGAUAUUGACGAAAGCAAUGGAGGAUAAAUGCAAUGGCAAUGCGAAUGUGAAAUUCGCUUGGUUUGGGGAUUCAACUGAUGAGAUAUGUAAAAUCAUGAAGCAUGGUUUUGGUAGCCAGAUUAAUAACAAUAACGGAUUGUAUGGGUGUGGCAUCUAUCUUUCUCCAGAUGAUUCUCCUCUAGAAAGUGUGAAGAAUUUGAAGGUUGAUAAGAAUGGUUUACGACAUUUGUUGCUUUGCCGUGUUAUACUUGGUAAGCCAGAGAUUGUGCAUCCUGGUUCUGAUCAGGGCCACCCAAGUUCAGAGGAGUUUGAUUCAGGAAUUGAUAAUUUGUUAUCUCCUAAGAAGUAUAUUGUGUGGAGUACUCACAUGAAUACUCGUAUUUUGCCCGAGUAUGUUAUAAGUUUCAAGGCCUCUCCUUGUUUGAAAGGAUUCCGUAGAAUUCGAGAACCUGCAGGCAUACCAACUUCACCUUGGAUGCCAUUUCCAGCUGUUAUUACUGCACUUUCAAAGUUCUUGCCUCCUACUACUGUUGGUCUAAUUGCCAAGUACCAUAGAGAUCAUAGAGAAAAGAAAAUCUCAAGGCAAGAACUAAUACAGCGAGUUAGACAAUUGGCAGGGGAUAAGUUGUUGAUUGCAGUAAUCAAAAUGUUCUCAACACCGUUUAGGACCAAGCUAUGCUAUGCAAACAAGGGUUCAAAAUGGAGUCAGGAAUGAUGCAAAUCAUGACGAGAGAAGCAGCCACAGCAAAGGCGCAUGGACUGACUCUUUCAUGCAUGAAUGAAGUAAUGUUCAGUGCUCCAAGUGUGCGGAAGGUAGACGAAACCGACAGAAACGAACUAAUAAAUGCCUAAUCCAAAGUGACAUAUAGAAGGUUAAGAUCCAGCUGAUGCCAGGGCAUGUUUUGGGGGGUUAAGUAGUAGACUGAUAGUGUAGUUUCCUAGUAAGCAAGUACCAAGUAGUAUCUCACGUGAUAUUAGAAAAUAGAAAUGGUCUUUGUUAUUUUUCUUUCUUUGUGGAUAUACUUGUUGAGUUGCUUUGCAACUGGACAUGUUCUUGUCAACAGUUAUGAAAUGAAAAAUGAACUUUUAUAGCCCA